AUGCCUACAUUUGUUUACUUUCAUAAAACGAAAGAAACUGAUAGAGUACGUGGUGCCACUCCUGAAGGUAUUUAUAAGAGUUUGCAAGCAUUAUCGAAGCUGGCACCCAAUGCAGUGAGAUCCAAUGCUGGCGAAAGUGGUGCCGGUUCCUCAAGCAGCGGUACAAGUAGUGGUGUGCCAGAGGAUAUUAAACAGAUUCUGACCAAAACCAAACUUGAAUCUUUAAAUGAUGUUUUACAUUUUGGAGAGGCUGAGGUAUUGAAUAUCAAGUCUUCAGACCCUUCGAAAGAUCUUCGUGAACUUUUGGACAUUUCACCUAAAGCGUCCCCAGUAUCAGUGCAGUCAGAUGCCGACUCGCAGAUUCUCAUCUACUUGCCUCUUCAGAACAAAGCUAAAGUCCAUUCUAUCUACAUCAAAUCGACUCUUCCUAGCGAUAGUGAUGACUCUGAAGAAGUCCAAACCCCAUCCACUAUCAAAGUAUGGGCCAAUUUGCCAUCUACCAUCUCGUUUGACGAUGCCACUGACGGUGGUAUCAAACCAUUGUUCCACUCUGCAGUUCCAGAACCAGAUGCUAAUGGCUGGCGCGAAAUUCCUCUUCGAUAUGUACACUUUCAAAAUGUGACAUCUCUCCAGAUAUUCUUGGAUGGUGAUGACGAAGAUGCCGCAACCAUUGUUAACAAGAUCCUGAUUGUCGGUUCCAAGGGAGAGAAUCGCGAACAGGGCAAGAUAGAGAAGAUCGAGUAA